AUGGCGGCCCAGCUUCUCCGGAAAAGUUCUUGCGCUCUGCUGUUGCUCGCAAACGCGGCGUGCUUCUUUCUUCACAUCUUCGAGGUGCAAGGAACUCCCCUGCGUCCUGGUUGUUGUGCUCAUCGACGACGGGGAUCUACUUCUCCAGCUUCUCCUUGCGGUUCGCAAGAGGGAGACCCAUGCUGUUCUCUCGGAUGGCACGAAGACAUUACUCAUUCAGUCUUGCGCCACCUGGAUGGCCACGAGCCCGGUACAGGUAACCUGGAGGCGGCGAGCCAUGCAUUUCGCGCUGCGGUGCGCGAAGUGUAUCACGACGACAGGGAUCUUUCAUCCGGAGCCUUGGUCCACAGCACCAAGGCCUUCAGGGCAUUGCUUCAGCGCCUCGCGACCGAGGACCGUCACGCCGCGCAGCCGGACUUUGUCCCGCAGGAAAGCCAAAGCGUCGCACAGAACGUCAACACAAUCCGACAGCAGCUGUGGAGGGAACGGCCGGUCGGGGACUUCCAUGGCAGGGGCGACCCGCCGAGCGGGCCGAGUCUGAUUCGGAAGCUGUGGAAGAGCACUACUGGCGGGGAUCUGCAGGCGAAGUAUUUUUUUAUUAAGGACGAGACGGCGACCGCAGCCGCAGCCCUCAAAGCAUUGGAAAGAUCGCUUGCGAGACCAGACGAGUUGUAUAGUCCUGAACUGUCGCCGUACGGCACGCACACACAGCUGUCCAACUCUCCGAAUUAUUCGAAUCCGCUGCUUUACUUUCUUCGUCCAGGAGACCUGCCUGAACAUAUGCCCUUUGAUAUGACUCAUUCACAUUCUCUCUCUCUUUCCGAUCACGUGACGUUGAAAAGGUGGACGCCGCCAGGCGGGGAAAACCGAAAAACUGUCCUUACCUUUUUGUCAGAACGAAGCCUGAGAAUUUGGAACUCCGUGGUCGGAGGACGCGAAAAGGUGGAAGCUUCUCUGAAAGCACGUCUGUUCCCUCACUCCCUCACGAACCGUGGAAGGCUGGCUAACCACGGUACCGGUAGACGUGAGACCGCGAGACUGCUUCUCGCAGAGUCCGAUGCUCGUCGUCGUCCUGGUCGUGUGCCUGCUGCAACAAAGCCGGAAGAAGCCUUGGGCCGCCUGUCCAUGAAAAUCUGGCUCGAAGUUUUAGCUUUAGGUCGAGGUCAGUGGAGGCCGGUGGGCACUGAAGCUCGCGUCAUCGUCGAGAUUUCGUGGCAGAAAGCGAAAGCCGCACCGUCAAAGCGCGUAAUAUGUUAA